GGUCAUACCAGUAUAUAUCUGAAUACUGCAGAUGUGUAGAUGUGACUGGAGCCUACAGUGCUCAAAUGACAGAGUUGAAUAUAAGCUUGACUGCAAUAGGCCUUUUGUGGACUGCGACUGAUUUCAUUGCAAAGGGGCUGGUCCAUGGGCCUGUGGAGGAAAAGGAAACAGAUGUGCAUUCUAUUCCAAAUCAAACAGAUGGUGAAAAUGAAGAAGAACAAGCACUUGUCAUUUCUGAUAGUGUGAAUGACCAAACUCCCUUGAUAAAUGUGGUUGACAGUGACAAAUUACUGUUCUCUGUUUUCUCGUUACUUCAAAAGCUGGGAGCUGAUGAGAGGCCAGAGGUCAGGAAUUCAGCUGUCAGGACACUUUUUCAAACUCUUGGAAGUUAUGGGCAAAAACUAUCAAAAAGUAUGUGGGAGGAUUGUCUUUGGAAUUAUGUUUUCCCUACAUUAGAUCGUGCUUCUCACAUGGCUGCUACUUCAUCAAAAGAUGAAUGGCAUGGGAAAGAACUGGGAACUCGUGGAGGAAAAGCAGUUCACAUGCUCAUACAUCAUAGUCGAAACACAGCUCAGAAACAGUGGGAUGAGACACUUGUACUGGUCCUGGGUGGAGUAGCGCGUAUAUUACGUUCUUUCUUUCCUUUUCUCAGAAUCUUAAACAAUUUCUGGUCAGGAUGGGAAACUUUGCUUCUUUUUGUAAAGAAUAGCAUUUUAAAUGGAAGUAAAGAGGUUGCUCUUGCAGCAAUUAAUUGCUUACAGACAACUGUUCUUUCUCAUUCUCUUAAGGGGAACUUGCCGAAACCAUACCUUAACUCAGUACUUGAUGCUUACGAGUUUGUUCUUCAGAAGUCACCAAACUACAGUGAAAAUGCAGCUAGCAAGGUCAAGCAGGAGAUUUUACAUGGACUUGGAGAACUAUAUGUUCAAGCACAAAGGAUGUUUGAUGAUAGCAUGUACACACAAUUGCUAGCAAUCAUAGAUUUGGCGGUUAAGCAAGCCAUAAUAACUACUGAUCACUUCGAAUCUGAAUUUGGAAAUGUUCCACCUGUACUACGCACUGUGUUGGAAAUCUUACCUUUGUUAUGUCCAACUGAGGACAUUUCUUCAAUGUGGCUUAUUCUUCUUCGGGAGCUUUUGCUGUAUCUUCCAAGAUCUGAGUCUCCCUUAGAGAAUGAGGAAGAUGAGUCAGAGCACACAAGUGAUCAUAUUCCAGAUGCCCACGUGAAGAUAAAAGAUGAUAUACCUAACGGUACUACAUCCAUAUCCCUAUCCAAAGUAGAAGCUACAUCUCUGAGUUCUGGAUCAACAACAGCUUUAACAGAAGGCAUCCCGAGUUAUCUGUUUGCUGAAAAGCUUGUUCCUGUAAUGGUAGAUCUUUUUCUACAGGCUCCAGAAAUUGAAAAGCAUAUCAUAUUUCCCGAGUUAAUUCAAAGUCUUGGAAGGUGUAUGAUGACCAGGAGGGACAAUCCAGACGGUGCACUAUGGAGAUUUGCUGUUGCAGACUUCAACCGCAUUCUGGUUGAUGAUGUCAGCAGAUUAACCUUAAAUGGUGGACCAAUUUCAAGUAUCAGUAAACCUGCACGAACACGUAUCUGGAAAGAAGUUGCAGAUGUUUAUGAAAUAUUCUUCGUUGGAUAUUGUGGGAGAGCUCUUCCUUCCAAUUCUCUCUCACUUGUAGCACAAAAGGACGAUGAGUUGCUUGAGAUGACCAUCUUAAACAUUCUUGGUGACAACAUUCUUAAGUCACCGAUUGAUGCCCCUUUAGAUAUUUUGCAACGACUAGUAUCCACCUUGGACCGUUGUGCGUCACGCACAUGCUCGUUGCCUGUUGAGACUGUGGAACUUAUGCCUUCCCACUGUAGCAGAUUUUCUUUAACUUGCUUACAGAAGUUAUUUUCCUUGAGCAGUUACAGCAAAGAAACCAAUCAUUGGAAUUUGACAAGAUCUGAAGUCAGCAAAAUCUCAAUCAUGAUGCUCGUGACCAGAUGUGAGUACAUCUUGAACAGAUUUCUCACUGAUGAGAAUGACUUAGGUGAACGCCCGUUGCCAGCAGCUAGGCUCGAAGAAAUAAUAUUUGUCCUUCAAGAACUGGCACGUCUGAUUAUUCAUUUAGACACAGCAUCCAUCCUUCCUUUGCAUCCACACUUGAAAAGUGGCCUAGCAGAGGAGGAAAGUCAAGACAAGCGUCCUCAUCUGCUUGUUCUAUUUCCCUCCUUCUGUGAGCUUGUUGUAUCAAGGGAAGCACGAGUAAGAGAGCUAGUGCAAGUACUUCUCAGGCUCAUCACACGAGAAUUGGCACUUGAAAAGGUUAGCUUAGCCAGCUGAGUUGUGG